CGUGCCGUACACACUCUCUCUCUAGGGUUUAUCAUCUUUGCCUUUCUCUCUCUUCAGAUCAAUUACUAUGGGUAAGUCCUAUCCCACCGUGAGCGAGGAGUACCUCAAGGCUGUUGACAAAUGUAAAAGGAAACUCAGAGCACUCAUUGCUGAGAAGAAUUGUGCUCCUAUUAUGCUCCGUCUUGCAUGGCACUCUGCUGGUACCUAUGAUGUGUGUUCCAAGACUGGUGGUCCCUUUGGUACCAUGAGGUUCAAAGCUGAGCAAGCUCAUGGUGCAAACAAUGGUCUUGACAUUGCUCUCAGACUCUUGGAGCCCAUUAGGGAGCAGUUUCCCACCCUCUCCCAUGCUGAUUUCCACCAAUUGGCUGGUGUUGUUGCUGUUGAAGUUACUGGAGGACCUGAUGUUCCCUUUCACCCUGGCAGAGAGGACAAGCCAGAACCACCUGUUGAAGGUCGCUUGCCUGAUGCCACCAAGGGCUGUGACCACUAGGACGUGUUUGUGAAACAAAUGGGUCUUUCUGAUAAGGAUAUUGUUGCACUCUCUGGUGCCCAUACCUUGGGAAGGUGCCACAAGGAGCGUUCUGGUUUUGAGGGACCCUGGACCGCCAAUCCCCUUAUCUUUGACAACUCAUACUUUACGGAGCUUUUGAGUGGGGAAAAAGAAGGGCUCUUACAGUUGCCAUCAGACAAGGCUCUCCUCUGUGAUCCUGCUUUCCGCCCCCUUGUUGAGAAAUAUGCUGCGGAUGAAGAUGCCUUCUUCGCUGACUAUGCUAAGGCUCACUUGACACUCUCUGAAUUGGGAUUUGCUGAAGCUUAAAAUGGUGACGGGAAAGAGUUGGG